AUGGUUGCAAAUAUUAAAGGAAAAAAUCAACAAUGUUCCGGUAUAUGUUGUAUAGUGAGUUGUUCGUCUGGUUCACAAACUGGUACAACAUCUGGAAAUUCUCAAACUACACAAGAACAAGGUAAUUGUCAACAAACAGGAUGUCCAACUGGUUCAUGUUGUUCAAAAUAUGGCUAUUGUGGAAAUACACCUGAACAUUGCGAUCAAACACCAAUAAGUAAUGGAAAUUGUAAAACUCAAGGUUGUCCUUCAGGACAAUGUUGCAGUGAUUAUGGAUUUUGUGGUACAACUGCUGCCCAUUGUAAAAAUGGUACUGGUGUUCCAUUUGUACAAGGUGAUUGCCAACAAAAAGGUUGUCCACGUGGACUUUGCUGUUCAAGAUUCGGCUAUUGUGGCAGUACAGCAGCAUAUUGUUCAGGUACAUCAGGAUCGGUUCCUCCGGGAAGCAGCACAAGUGGUAGUUCAAUAGAUUGUUCAAGUUGUGUUGGUAGUAUUGUGAUCAACUGUCCAAAAGCCUGUCGUGAGCAAAAAAUAAAAUCUAUGUUUUUUAAACAAUAA